CCCGUGACUAAACGUCCAAGCCACGCGUUUUCUUCUUCAAAUCUUCCAGCGUCAACGGCAUUGACUUCGUCUCUCGCUUCCUCUCUCUCUCUCCCUCUUUGUCUCUCCGGUCUCAGUUUGACAUCUGGAUCAGACAGGGCUUUGGUUCCGUUGCAUCCUGCAGUGCAGCACAAUGAUAAAUUGAUGUGCAUCCCAGGUUUGAAUAUUGGCAAAGAUGAGUGACAAUCUGGUGGACAAAGUUAGCGCAUUUGGCGAGCGUCUCAUGAUUGGAGGCACUGAGAUGAGCAAGAAAGUCAGUGCUGGUAUGAGCUCGAUGAGCUUCAAAGUGAAGGAAUUCUUUCAAGGUCCAAACCCAGCUGAUCAACUGGUUGAGGAUGCGACAUCGGAGAAUCUAGAGGAACCUGACUGGGAUAUGAAUUUGGAAAUAUGUGAUAUGAUCAAUCAUGAAAAGAUUAACAGUGUUGACUUGAUCCGUGGAAUCAAGAAGAGGAUUACAGUGAAGCAACCAAGAAUUCAGUACCUUGCCUUGGUGUUGCUUGAGACGUGUGUUAAGAACUGUGAGAAGGCAUUCUCAGAAGUGGCAGCUGAAAGAGUGCUUGAUGAAAUGGUUAAGCUGAUAGAUGAUCCACAAACAGUUGUCAAUAACCAGAACAAAGCUUUGAUGCUGAUUGAAGACUGGGGGGAGUCGACAAGUGAACUCCGCUAUUUACCAGUAUUUGAAGAAACUUACAAGAGCUUAAGAUCAAGAGGUGUUUGCUUUCCUGGACAUGACAAUGAGAGCUUGGCGCCUAUUGUUACCCCUCCUUGUUCAGCUAUAGCCCCAGAAGUUGAUGGCAGUAUUCCUCAGCAUGAGGAGCAUGAUGUUCCUCCUGUACAAAGGUUUACUUCUGAGCAGACAAAAGAGGCAUUUGAUGUGGCUAGGAACAGCAUUGAGCUUCUCUCCACGGUUUUGUCCUCUUCACCUCAACAGGAUGCUUUACAGGAUGGCUUGACAAUGACACUCGUACAGCAAUGUCGUCGGUCCAGAACCACAAUUCAACGGAUCAUCGAGGCAGCUGGAGAUAACGAAGCCCUUCUAUUCGAAGCUUUGAACAUGAAUGAUGAGCUCCAGAAAACGCUGUCCAACUACGAAGAGACAAAGAAGGAGGCCUCUGCACCACUAACCGCACCUGAACCAGCUAUGAUUCCUGUCGCUGUGGAGCCUCACUCCCCGGUUCAUGCCAUGGAUGAGUCCUUUCUCAGAAAGCCCUCUGGUUCUCGAGCCGGGUCACGUGGAGGUAAUGCCGAUGACAUGAUGGAUGACCUCGACGAGAUGAUAUUCGAUAAGAAAAGUAGCGGUGGAUCUCCAUCUGGGCAUGACCGAAAGAAGCAGGACGAUGAUCUCAUCCGCUUUUAAGAUAUCUUUUUCCGAUGAAUAUCUCUAUCUAAUACAGGUGAAAGGCUGUUUUAUUAUGAUUUUAUCAUCUAAUGAGAAAACUCGUGUUUUUAUGUAAGUAAUCGGCAUCCCUGAUUUGGUUGUGAUGGGUUUGAUAAAGAAACUAAUUAGUAUCUGAAGAGAUUUGUCUUUA